UUACGAUAAAUCGCGUAAAUGUUAAAGAGGUACCGAAAUGAAGUCGGGCGCUUAUAAUUACUAGGUAUAGCUCGUAACGGGACGGUUGUUUUUUGUAUUUGUUUAUAGCUUAGUACGACGGGAGUUGUUUUUUCGCGAGUCACCCACACGGAGCAAGUUCGCUAGCAAGCAGAUAAGGAGUACAAAUGGUUACUUUUGAAGACCCGAUCUUGUCUUUGUAACUAGCGAGUACGCUAAUUAUUAUUAUUAUAUUUUUCAUCACGACAGACGCUGGUAAUGGGUGCCUCUCGGGUAGAGACAAAAUAGCGUAACGAGGCCGCAUCAGCGGUGGCUUUCUUCUUGUCGUUGACAAGCCAUAACCGUAAAUACGAAAAAAAAUCUUUAAAUGUUGAAAAGAAAAAAGCCCACAGCUGGGCCGUAAACCAUCAUGCGAAAUUAUUUCCGAGCUCUGAACAAUAUUGAUACCCAGGGAGACACGGGUGCGCUAUUGACCAUCGCAAGUGCGAAAGACCUUUAUCAUGCAAAUCGCUGCGGUUAUCGACGAAGUGCUAUCUGCCACAGCUGAAGGCGUGUUAGAUUAGAUUUUAAAGGUAAUGUGCUAAGAGGCGAAGAGCGAGAUAGAACACCAGUGGUAUAUCAGUAUAUAUUGCAACGUUGGCAGGCAAUAACAACUAGUUGAAAAGUCAUCAGCGUGUAGUAUAGUCAUGCUAACAACCUUCAGCUUCGAAAGGCAUCACAAUGUAUAUAUAGAUUGCGUCAUAGAUCAGUUGAUUAACUGACUAUACUUAUUCUCAGUCAGUGAUUAGUCACAGUUUCAUGUAUGGAUUUUGGUGAUUUUUGAUAGAUUUAUAUUUGCUGCAAUGAUGCUUUCGUCAGAAUAUACGCAUACCGUUUCUAAAAACAAACUAUGUGAUGUCAAUCUACUUGUGCAUAUGAGUAGACUUUCUAAACUUUAUUGUUGUAAUCAAGGUAUCUAAAGUUUACAAUAGCAUGGUUUAGUUGGUGAAGGCAAUUAAUGUUUAAAUGGCGGUUUCUGAUUUUAGUAGUGAUGUGAAGGUCUGUAUCAUGACCUUCUAAUUUCGUACAGUGAAACCUUAUUCUCGAAGGAUUUAAUGAGGUUAUUCAUUGGUUUCUACCACCAACUUGAACUUAAGUUGUGUUUUUAUUCUAUUAUUUGACAGAAAAAUUACUAUACGAAACAGUCGUUUAUAUAGUAUGCUUCACAUAUUUGCUGACUGCUACAUUGUACUAUAAAGCAGUAAAAAUAAACUUUUCAGCUUUUCGAAAUUUACCGAUUAUCAAAUACGGAAUGUCAGCUGAUCCAGUCAGUUUUCCAUUCCCUAGUUUUUAUAACCAUCAGUUUCUUCCAUACUCAAGGCCGAACUUUUGGCUGAAUUUUGCACAGCCUGAAUUGUGCAUUGGGGAAGGAAAUAUGGCGUCACAAGGCAAUUACGUCACUUCUAAUGUGAACAACGAUGCUUUGGUCGUGUAUGAUGCAAGACAGAGUUCAGGCGUGGCCCGUUGUUUGAAGAUCAACGCAGACAGGGUUCCGAAGGAAAUUCCCACCAGUGAUGCUUUUAUUAUGACUCCUCAAGGCCUCUUGCCGAGCGAGUAUCAAUUAUUUGGUAUCUCAAAUCCGAACCCCUUGGAUAUUUACGCAACGGGCUUAUCGAGCCACGGUAGCGGAUCUUCUGUCUCGUCGAGCGUCGGAAGCCAAGACCCCACGCAUAGCGGUAGUAAUGUUAUGCCGAAACCUUUGCACCGAGUACCCACUGUGCGGCAACAACACUAUCAUCAAAGACAUCACGCACAAGCAAAGCACCCGCAAGCAAACAACUUGAAAAAUAAAACAAGGUUUAGUGCUACUGGCUUGUCAUCUAAUUACAUGGUUGUACGAGACACAAAAAUGUCACUUUCCUCCGCUCCGUCGUCACCCAGUGCUGGUUCAGUGGGUGGCAGUUUGGGCAAUAAUUAUCAUUUGCCUCCAACUCACUUGCCAGAUUCUAACGCUUAUUAUAGACAGCAGUACAAGGGUAGUUCGUCGUCAUCAUCGUGCUGCUCAAAUUCAGGACUUAAAAUAUCUUCUUCCUCGCAAUCUUCCUACUCAUCGUGCUCCUCACUCUCAUCGUCACCCUCAGUAAAUGGAAUUUCUCCACGAAAGAGAAGAGCUGAUGAUGUCAUUAACAAUAACAGAGAGGCUUACUGCCGAAAAGAGUAUUAUUACCGCCAAGGACCUGGCGGCCAAAUCAUAACGCUGUGUUCGUGUGAGGUUUGUGCUACGGAUGAAGUCACUGCUCGAGUAGAUGACGUCACAAUUCGUGAUUCACGAACAACGGAAGAACAUGGACAACAGCAAAAACGAUCAAAGAACGACGACGACGUAGUUUUUGUUUCUGCACAACUUCCCAGACCUCAGCAAUCACCCAACAUUCCUAUUCCGAAAGAGCGACCAGCCAGAAAAGCCAAAAAGUCUUCCAGAAAGGCUGUUAAUCGUGCUGCUCCAGUGGCACAGAAUGCUACCUCUCACAAUAACUUUCCAUUUGUAGUUCCAACGACGACAUCUUCUGAAUUCUCAGACCAACAAAAAGACAAUGUUGGCCGAUAUUAUCUCAGAAGCGCUGUCAAAGGCCGCAAGCAGGAAGAGAUGGUGGUCAAGUACGCCACAGAUGUCCAGGUACAACACGAAAACAUCCAUUUGGUGCAAUCAAUAGUCGCCCCCGUCGUUGCUCAAAGUGAUCAAAACAAUAACGCUGAGGCACAAAGGCAUUACAAUAAAGGUACAGUUGGGAAUAACACUCCACGCUACCACACCCGUAGCCAACAAAAGAAGGCUAAAGCUGAUAACAAAUCGAAAGUUCGAAACCAAAAAAGUGAUGUCCAACAACACUCCAACGCACAGUACAAUCAUGUCAUUGUGGCGACCGAGACUAACCCCUCUGCUGCUCCAAAUACAAGCUCUUCAAGUGUCCAGCAAGUACCAGAAUGUAAAGCGCAGGCGCAACAGUACGUUCCUACCUCAACCGAAUCAUCACCAGCAGCCGAGGGAUCAAAAGAUACUCCGCGAUCUUCUUCAUCUUUGAAGAAAUUGUACGACAUUCACGGAAUAAUUGGAGUCGGAGGAGGCGGCACCGUAUAUGCAGGUACCAGAAAAGCUGAUGGCGUCCAGGUAGCUAUCAAGCAAGUUCCUAAAGCCAAAGUAAAGAGAUGGGGAAAACUCAAUGAUCGUGUGGUACCCAUUGAAUUUGAGCUCUUGUACCGUGCCUCACACGAGAGACAUACCGGAAUCAUCAACAUGCUAGACUGGUACGAAAGGCGUAGCACGUACAUUCUGAUAAUGGAGCGUCCUCAGCCAGUUAUCGAUCUUUUUGACUACCUCAACCAAUAUGGUGCCUUACCAGAAGCGAAUGCUCGUGCUAUCUUCCGUCAGAUCGCCGAGGCUGUAAUCCACUGUCACGCCAACGGCGUCGUUCAUCGGGACAUCAAGGACGAAAAUGUUCUUUUGAAUCUCCAUACCUCCGAAGCAAAGCUUAUCGAUUUUGGUUGCGGAACCGUCUUGAAGAACACGCCUUACACCGAAUUUGCUGGCACUCCAGAAUUUUAUCCACCUGAGUGGUUUACACAUCGCCGUUACUACGGACAUCGCGUCGACGCUUGGUCACUAGGAGUACUUCUAUACACAAUGGUCGAAGCCGAAGUACCCUUCCAAAAAGAAAAGGAUAUAGUUGAGUGCAAUCUACGCCACAAACGUGCCGCCCAUCUCAGUGAUUCGUGUAAGCACCUGAUAGCUUGGAUGCUACAAAAAGACCAGGAUAUGCGACCUACCAUUGAGCAAGCACUUGCCCACCCCUGGUUUCAAGAAUGCGAGACCGUUCCACCCAGGAACACACCCGCAUCGAAAGCGGUCGCAUCCGGGGUUAUGGGCACUGACGAACUUUACGAAAAGCGUCUUCACAAUCACCAAAAUGGAACCAAUGCAGCUUCGAAGGGCGCUGGCACUUGUCACGAAGUAGCCUCUGUCGAAUCUCCGGAGAGUCCGCCACGAUAUAUAGCACAGGAAACGGUUUUGUAUCAGCCGCAGACGACCAACUGUCAAGCGGCGCACCGAAACGGCGUCGUUUAUCAUCAAACCGAGUACGCCGCUCGAUGACAAACAACUUGAAUAAAAUCAGUACGAUACAACAUUAAGAACUGCUGAAGCGAACAAAAUGAUAAUAUUGCAACACAUGCCGCCUCAACAUAAUGGGAAAAGCGUCAUUGCCAAUAAAGUGAUCUGUACCAGGCUAGCCAAGCGUCUGCGGUCUUCCAGAGCAAUUUCAUGACACGAUACGAAGCAGAAAAUUAGCAGCUGUUCUUUGUUAUCAUGUUUUCGUUAGUUUGUCGACUACAACAAUCUGAAAAAAUAUCAAUGAUUGAAGGAGUGGAAUGUCUGUAUUAUUUAUAUAUUUCAUCGUUAAUGAUUCAGCUCUGCAUGUUAUUCUAUUUUGUCCUUAUAUUUCUUCACAUCAAAAUUAAGGUUUGUUAGUAAGUGUUUCGUGUUGUUUGGAUGUCACAUUGCGCAUUCCGGUCAUUACUAAAAUACAAUGAUAUCUUUCGAUAAAACUUGCGUUUAUUUAUAGCCCAAUAAUUAAUUAUGAGCCAGAAAUAGAAUGCAAUACUAAGUCACAUGUAUUAAACUCUAAAUAAUAUUAAUUAUUAUCAAAGAUGAUCAUAUCCUAACGCGAUCCAUCAUUGCCUUAUAAAUGGAUACAGUAUUGAAUUCGAUUUAUAUUUGGAAACUGUAAUUCACCGGUCAUGUGUUUCCAAUGCUGGUAUCUCACACACAAAGCACAACAACACUAACUAUGGUUCUCCUCCACUUAAUCCUCUUCCUAUCUAUUUCUCUCACAAAAACAUUUUUCUUUGUUUUGCACAUCUGCAUCCAACACUUCCAUACUAAUAUGAACCUAUACCACUGUGAAAGACGUCAUUUGCAAAAAAAAAUUUGAUUUAAAGUGUAAUUGAAAUUUAAUUUGUCAUGGCAAAUCAUUUUCGUUAAAACAGCUCAACUUGCCCUCUCCCAACUCUAAUUUAUUGAUUGGACUUUUCUGUUAGGUUUCCGCAGAAUAGCUUUCCAAGCCUAUAAUAAAUAGUAAUAUAAUAAUAUUAUUUAUUUGACAAUAUUUUGACGUCGCAUUUUCUGCGCUUUCUUUAUACAUCAUAUUUUCUUCACUCUUUUGUCCAACUCUAAACAGGUAUUUAUUUAAAAACAAUUUAACUUAAAUAAUAUUGAUUGAUGAAAUGUAAACUUUGAUUUUUAUAUUUAAAAUGAAUUUUGUUUUGCUCAUAUCUCCUAUAUUAAACAUAUGUACAAUGCAAAAGCAGUACAGACAUCGUUUUGAUAGCGAUCUGUUGCAUGUCAAGUCCACGUCUAUGAAAAUGAAUUGAUGAAUUUUCCAUCAAAACUGGCGCUUGGAACUGCCAAGUACUGGCUGAAGACAGGAUAGACUGUAACUGUAAAACUUGUCUCAGCCAUCUGUUAAAUGUCCCUUCCAUAUGUGCUAUAUUGCCCUUUGAAACAUAACUUAAUCCACUCCCGAGCACACGUACUUUUUCACUUUGACUAUUUGAUUCCUUCUGUGUUGCGCGUCUAUUUAACUUAUUUUUUCGUGGUUACUGUUACAAUGGGUAAGCAAUGUGCCUGUUUCGAAAGGUACAAUUCGUUGAGCGGAUCUGUGCGUUUUGUAAACUUGCGAAGUCAGGGAGCAAAAAAUGUCGUCGUUCGAAAUGACAAGUACAUUUUUUUUUAAUUUAUUUCUUUUGUGUGUAUUAUUAUGCCCACAGUAUUGGGCGUUACCGUUUAUGCUUCUAAAUUUUGCGAUUAUUCUUAUUAUUGUUGUAAUAUUCGAAUACUUAUUAUUUUGUCUUGUUUAUUUCUAUUAUUAUCUAUUGCAAUUUCGUGUACAAACCUUUUCUCGAUUUUUGAUGAAUUUACAUUUGUGCUUCGUUUGGAUACAGGAAGCCUUUAUCAUGGCGAAUAAAAAACAUUGAAAACCAUA